GUUAGCCUUCAGUCCUCCGGGGAGAGACGACGGAAACAGACUGGUGGGAAAGGAACCGCGUUUGUUGACGAUAGAAGAAGAUACCAGGAUUCGUACUCGAUUCGAACGGAUUAUGAACGCUUUUGGACAGCAGCCAUCCAACGCGCAGACUAGCCCCGUUCAGCACCACAGCGCACAGGCUCUGGAUAUGGCGGUGUACUGCGAUAACUUCAGCAUGUACCAGCACCAGCAAAAACCUCCACCGCAGAGGCCGCCGGCGCAUCCUCCAAGCUACGGCCUCGGUGAGUACACCUCGCCGACCACCAAACCGUACCUGUGGCUAAGGCCGAGCAUCGACUCGUCUCCAUACCUGACGGUGAAUGGAGCAUCGUACAUACCGUCUGGAUACGGAGCGAACCAGCGGCAGUUCCUCCCUCCUACGGGCUUUGGUGGAGCUGACCUCGGAUGGCUGUCAAUCUCCAGCCAGCAGGAACUCUUCAAGAUGGUUCGGCCUCCGUACUCUUACUCGGCACUCAUAGCUAUGGCUAUUCAGGGCGCCGGGGAGCUGAGUCACAUCUAUCAGUAUGUGGCAGAGAAUUUCCCGUUUUAUAAGAAGAGCAAAGCUGGGUGGCAGAACUCAAUCAGACACAACCUGUCACUGAAUGACUGUUUUAAGAAAGUUGCUCGAGAUGACGAUGAUCCGGGAAAGGGAAAUUACUGGACAUUGGACCCAAACUGUGAGAAAAUGUUCGAUAACGGCAACUUCCGGAGAAAGAGAAAGAGAAGAGCUGACUUGAACGGAGGAGACACCAACAACGCUGUUCCUCCGGUGAAGUCAGAAGACACUGCCGCCCUGAAGCUCUCCGACACGGCCAGUAUCAUGAGUUCAUCCCCUCCCAGCCUCCAGAACUCCCCUGGUUCCUCCGAGCCCAAAUCAUCCCCGUCCCCGUCUGUGGAACACAGUCCCUGUUACAACAACUUUGUCUCCACUAUGAACACGAUGCUGGCGGGGGGUAACAACGGCUCAACCCGGGAGGGGGCCAGGGGGGACUUUGGUUCAGGAGGACAUGUUAUAGGAGAUUUGUCGCCUCAUCAGACCCGAGAAAACAUGUCCGGACUUGGUUCAUACUCGCCCUCUCAAAUCACGCCAGUGAACUCUGAUACCACUCACCUCUCCACAGCUAAUAGAAUGAACUACUACACAUCCGCACAGAACAAUCACAGCGGAGGCCUCACCAACUCUCUCCCAAACCACUUCGGUGUUAAUCAUUUGAUAUACAGCCGCGAAGGAACCGAGGUGUAGGCAGUAGGCCAUAAGCCCCGUCCGAAUUAUGUCAGAUAUAUGUAGAUAAUAUAAUGCAACUCGUUUUGGCAUACUUGUAUAAAGUACUCAGUGAGUACAUCAAGUACCACGAUUAUUAUUAUUCAUGUUAUGCAUUCCCUAAUAACAACGUGUAAUAGCAAUGUCUUAAAUAUGCUUUCUCAUGAUUGAAUCGGAUUUUUAAAGUGGGUCGAAACUAAGUUCGACUUUAGCAUUUUAAGAGGACAAACUUUUGUUUGUUUUAUGACCAACUGGAGCCCUGGAAUGGUCUUGCCUUGGAAUCAACAUUUACCGUACUCUUUUCGUUUCCUUUAUAUUGCAGCCUUAAUGUAACUGCGUGGAUGACGUCACUGUGCCUUUCAGAAGAUCUAGUAUUUUUUUUAAAUAGAACUCUUCUAUUACGUCUGCAGAUAUAUGUUUUGUUAUGUAGCCUAAAUAGUAGCCCUCUUUGCAGACCACUUUGUGUACUUUUUGUAGAAGGAAUUGUGUGUGUGUGUGUGUGUGUAUAUUUUAUUUAAACCUAUUGUCAAACGUUUGAAUAAAUGUCAUAUCUGAAA